CACCGGCUCCGAACCCCGGGGGAACGACAUUAUAAAGUCUCUUGCACGUACGUACGUUCGUACUAACGCGAAGAUGAAGUUGAGUGGAGUUGGUAUCGCAAUUAUUCUAUUCAUCGGUACAAUUAAUGACGUAGCAUUUGGGACUAAUGAUAUUGAUCAUGGAUCAAGUGGCAAAAAUCAAACGCCGGAGGAGCACACUAUUCUCCUUGAGUGCCAGCACUCGGACUAUCGGACUUACAUUAAAUGUCUGAAGAGGCACAAGCGACAUCACGAGCAUCAUGAUACAUCAGGCGGGGCCAGGAGCUGUUUCGACGAGUGUGGACUCGAUCUUUGCACAUCCACUCAAUGUGUCAAUCAAUGUCACACAAAAUGCAUGAAAAAAACUAAGGAAACCCGACAGUUAAUUACCACGUACGAAACUGUCUGCAAUGACAACGAUUGCACCUCGUCGGGGGGUUCAGGGACAUCGAGAGGUCCAAAUAUUACCACUAACAUCGAUAUCAAUAAUGUAAUCCACAAUCACGUGAAUACGACGGGACCGCAGGGGCCGCCCGGCACACCAGGGGGCGAUGGAGGGGGUGGGGGAGGACGAAAUGGAGGCACCCCAGGAGGUGCAGGAACGCCUGGAGGUGCUGGGAAACCCGGCGGUCCGGGGACACCCGGUGAUACAGGCACCCCUGGAGGGCCAGGAGGAUCAGGAUCGCCUGGAGGUGGAGGUGGUUGCGCAGGAGGCUAUGGAUACGGCUGUUUCCCACCCAUUUCAGUGGUUUCCACAGUCACAUUUGGUCUCGGACCCAUUGGUGGUUGCAUAAACUCCCAGAGUUGGCCUUGUAUCCAGCAAACACAACCAGGCGCUUUCGACUGUUCCCUCUGCACGAAUCCUUGGUACAAGUAUCAGUGCGAGGUAAAAUGCUACAACGUUCAAUUACCGGGAGCUCAGGGGUUAAGCCCGUCUCUUCGCCCCGUCAAUAUAUAACUAAUUUCAAGUGCGAUGGCGAAGAUAGAUGACACGACAUUAUUGGUCUUUUUGUUUCAUCCCCUCUUUUGCAAUAUAAAUAGAGUUGAUUGUUUUAUACUCAACGGACAACUGAACCCCUACGGACAUGUAUUCGCAAUGUCAGGUGUUCAGACAGGUGCUUCACGUGCUCGUUUGGGGACAGUUAUAACGAUAUAUUUGCAGUUCAUGAUGACACAGUAAAUAAUAGAAAUUUCCCUCGGUGAGUGGAAGGCUAACAGUUAUCUUGCACAAUUCAAUCACGCCGGUUUGAAGCUACAGUAUUCAUCGAGAAAUGUGACAUGUUACAGCAGACAAUAGAUACUCACAUAACUAAAUUAUUUGUGGAAUAACAUGUUUAAUUUCCUUCUUCGUUUUUUGAAGUUCAUAAAACCUCACUCUGAAUCAUAUAAAUACACAAAAAAAGUUUGAAAAUCAUAAGCGAAACUAAAACCGAGUGUUUGUUGUUGACAUCAAAAUUAAUUGCCUUCAGGUCAUUCCGAGGUGGCCACGUCAUUAUCACAGAUAAAAAAUUACUAAUUGUAAGACUUCCAAGGUUUUCCAUGUUUUUUAAAUCGUCAAAAAAUAUAUUAUUCGAAUUAAUAGGAAUGUACUCGCCUCAAAGCCAUUCGUGUAACUUUAGAACUGAGUUCAUCGACAUCAGAAAUUAUUUUGAGAUGACAACAUUGCAGCGAUGAUAACGUUGAUGACAAUACAAUCUGUGGGGUCUUGUACACAACUUGGAAUGUGGCUUUGUUCCACAGAAGUGACACGACGGUGAAAGGAAUGAAAUUCUGCAACAAUUAUGAGGAUCAACAUUUGAUCUUCAUUGCAGAGUUACAAGGGCAUGAAAGAUAGUAGUGAAGUCCGCACUUUCCUCGUUUAUGCCCUUAUUUCAGUGAAAAACCAUACCAUAAUUAUAACUUUUGCGCCUUCUUAUACUCCAAGGACGUUAUUACAACUGACUUUACGGGGGGAUAAUGGGGAAUAAAUGUACUUCCUCAUUGUAAAAUUUGUCGUGAAUGACUCUAGAAAUUUGCAGAUGUGAGUUUAAUAAUCUAGACGAAUAUCCGGCAGUUGUUUAGCGCAUAAAUAAAUAAUCUCCUCACUUUU